AUGUCCCAGAAUGGUAUGAAAAGAAAGAAGUCCUUGGCCCAAUUUAAGUACAUUUAAAGAAAAAAGAUGGAAAGGUAAUGGUGCUUUGGAUUGAAUUUGUGUUAGAGAAUAAAAAAAAGCUUAAAAUAUUUAACUGACUGGCAAACUUCUGUUUCAUCAUCUUUUUAAAAUAUCGACUUUACACUAAAACUAAAUAGACAAGGUAAGGACUAAGCUAAACUGGCGUUCCUUUAAAACUGGUGGUUUUCACAGAAUCUAUAAACAUAUCUCUCCAAAAAUCUGUGACUUACACCCUUUUCCCUCAAAAAACUUCUGUAGUGAAGUUAAAAGCACUGUCAGUCUAUGCACUGUAUACAUGUAUUGUCCCAAUAAUCUAUCACGGUUAGAUACUGCCCUCUGUUGGAAGACAUAUAGAACUACAACUUUGACUGGUUUUCUGGUGCCGUUCAAUUUUGAAUUAUUUGCCGAUGUAACACUUGAAACAAAUUGAAGUUAUCAAUGAUGAAUGGAUUUCUUCACUUGCAGUGACUCUUUGCAGCAGAACAUGUGAAAAUGAUAAGCUGCAUUAACAUCAGGCAGUUUCUCACUUGGCCAGUGCUUUCAGACUGUAAAAAGAACUACAUAGAAACAUAAGGUCACCUUCUUAAUGGUCUUUUUUACAUUUUGGGUUAUAAUUAGACAUAAAAAUGACUAUCAGUCCAUUAUAUGAUCUGAUAAAAUCUCCUUACAGGAGCUUUAAUGCAUCACUGUAACCAGGGCUGGACCGCGGUAUAAACAAUAAAAGUGGCCGCAUAGGGCCACAACCAAUGGGAAGGGGGCCACAUCACCCCCCCUCCCCCCCCAAAAAAAAGGAAGACAAAAAUAACUAGCUAGCUACUUCUAGUUCUGUCCUGUGGAAAAGAACCUGGUGUUCAGGAUGAAGAACACAAGAAAAUGCAAGAGGUAAAAACAUACAGAUGGUUGCAGGACAAAUUUACCUCCAGUUUGACUAAUUUGUUUAAUUUUUUGCUCAUUUUUAUCAAGUCAGGUCAAAUCUACAAUAAUCUUUUCUUUUAUCCUUACAUUUUCUUUUCACAACAUGUAUAACUACAGUAUCAUAUGUACUGUCCUUUUAACGUGCAGAUGUGGCUCUGCCUCAGUGAGAGAGGAGGAAUUCCUGAAUCUCCCCCUGGACCUGAUUCCUGGGGGUUCAGUGCAGCAGAUGCUGCAGGAAUAUGAGACAGUAAAGAAGCUGGACUUCUUUAAUCAACAUCCACAUUGUCUGAUAUGAAGCCACUCAAAUGUUUCACUCUGCGGUUAUUUUUGGUUGUUGUUUUUCCAUGUUUACUGUACACAGUAUCUGACAGCAUGUUUUCUCUGCAGGAGACUGAUGUUGAUUUCUAUUGCGAGUGUGGAGGCACAACAUCAGCACAGUGCUCCACCUUCACAACCCUGCCAAAGUGGGUGACGUUACAUCCAUCCCAGACUCACUGUUUCCCCCUGUUGCAGACACAUGCACAGAUUAUUUUCUCUUAAUUUAUCCUCAGUAUUUUCAUGCUCAGAAAUUCCCUCAGUUUAAUAAUCCUGUGGUCAUUCCCUCUCUGCUGCUCUCCACAGUUUCUUGGUGCUCCAAAUUAAGAGGUUCCACUUCACUCAGUCCUAUGAGCUGGUGAAACAUCAUGACCCCGUGGACCUCACCAGGGAAUUAAUUGUGACAUCUAGCCAGGUAAGACAUUUAUGCGCCAAAGUGUAAGAGUGUAGAAGUGUGUGUGUGUGUUUGUGUGUUUGUGUGUGCUUGUUUCUAACAGUUGUUCUGUGUGUUUGCUCUCAGGCUAAGAGCUGGUACAGUCUGGUUAGUGUCAUCAGUCAUUUAGGCAGCGAAGGAAACAGGUAAAAUAUUCACUCAGUGAGGGUCAGAUCAGCCAGUGCAGUCUUCUGUAAGGUCCUCAGAUACAUAAUAGAUAGAUAAAUGCCAAUCAAAUGCUGGAGUCUUUUAAGUCUCAGGAAUAUCAAAUUAACAUUAGCCUUCAAACCAUGUCUUUGUAAGAUAGAUAAAACAUUAUGAAGUAACUGGAUCGGUCUCAUUCAGCAGAAAGUGCUGCCCACUCUUGGAUCUUGGUAACAUUUUCCAUCAUUUUACUUUCAAAGAACUGCUGAACUCCUAAGAAUGUUUGAAGAAACUUGUUAUAAACCAAUUUUUAUGAUUUAUAGUCACAUAAUUUAACAUGUAAGCUAAAGCACCAGAAUUAGAAUUAGAAGUAUACUUUUAUUUUUAGAAAUGCAGCCAAAUAAAAGUGAAAGUCAGGGGCACAAAAAAAACCUCCAGUAAAGUACAGACACUUCAAAAUUAUACUCAAGUACUAUAUUUAAGUAAUGCUACGUACUUACUGUACAACACUGUUCAAGACUUUGCAAUUCAUUGUAUUAAAAAUUCAGAGAGCCUACUAACUGUUAAAGUUUAUGAAAUGACACAAAACAGAAUAAGUUUUGUUUGUGAGAUCACUUGAUUUACUCUUUGACUGCUGAGAUCCCAGAGUCUGCUGUGUCUGCAGAAAAGGGGUCACUCUCCAGAUUUGUCUUUAAGCCAUCAUGCAGCGUUACCUUGAAUGUUCAGAGAAAAUACUGAGACAUCUGAGAAAAUCUGUGUGUUCAGUUUUACAAGAGAAUAACUUUUUGACAUUAAGCCAAGUUGUGAAAUGAACUCUACUCUGGUUCUUCAGUCAAACCUGCUCUGCGCUCAAGUUAUGGUCCACUACUGCCCCCUGAGGCUGACUGCAAUAAUACCUAAUUGUCACUAUAAUCAAGUUUUCCUACAGUGCAUUUUGACUACUUCACCCUGACUUUCUUGGAGUUUUGAUCAAAUGUUUGCUCACACUAACGGAUAAUUUUUAUUCCAUGACCAUCUUUACAUCAACACAUAAAACAAACAACAAACAUCACGAAAGACUCACAUGUUUAUGGCUAUAAUUCUGUUCAGCUGGGUUUAUCCAGAAAUCUUGUCUGAAAUUUGCUCCAACAUUUGAUGCAAACUCUUCUUCCUCUCCUGUUAGGACACUACAUCAGCAGCGGGCUGCACCCUGAUGUGGAUCCUCCGACUGCUGGUGAUCUUUGGCUGAAUUAUAAUGACUCCAUGGUCACAAGAGAGAAUGUAUGCCAAAGAUUAGAGGAGUCAGCAUAUCUCCUCUUCUAUGAGAAGAUGGUGAGAAAAAAAUUGUUAAACAUAGAUUAUAAUUAAAAAAGCUGAAUUCUCCACAAACAGAGAUCAUUAACUGUCUUUAUGUUUGUUUUAGGAAUAAACAAGCCUGGCGAUUGGGAGUUUUUCCUCGCCGCUGUUGCUUCUGACGUGUGUCUCAAAACACAAAAUGAAAUGAAAAGUUUUUGACUAGGAGUCUUAAGUCAAAAACCAGUGAAGUCAGGUAAGAUAGAUAAAAUACUCCUUUAUUUGUCCCGCAAGGGGACUUUUCCAGUUAGGGAAACAAAGGCCAUUUUAAUUUACUGUGUUUGAAAUUGAAGGAAAAAUAUAUUUGCAUUAAAUACACAAGAACCUAAGUUUUAUAUGAAUAAAAACCAGUAAAAGGUGAGAUCAGAGAUCCCCUUUUUUAAGGAGACCUGGAGAUAAUAUGAUUUUGACUUUAUACAUUAUCUUAAAAACAUUAAAUUUUGUCCACAUAUACUGUAUGUACACACGUAGAAAUGUCAGUGUUACUAGAAUUUCUGGUAAUUGAAAAGAGAGUAGGUCUAAUGGCACAGGACUGAUCUCCCUUUCCUAUCAUGCAUUUUAAGGAAUUUUAUGGUGACUCAGUGAACACAGUGCCAAAUAUCAUUAUCAUUGCCCAAUACAGGUGUGUACACAGAAGCUCGUUGUUCCUGUCCACUGUUUCCAAGGAGGCUGACUCUUUCCCUUUUACACAAACAUGUUUAGACAAGAAUGAAAUUUAAAUUUUCCCUUGAGAAGCAAUCACAGUUCCUCCCUGGUGAGCAAGAGAUGAGGUGACACUCAGAUUGUCAUAAAAGGACAGGGUGUUAUGCCAAAGAUAUUGAUGUACGUAGUAUGUUAAGUACUUUUGGCUAUUCUGAACGCUCUAAGAAAAGGGGUGCUCUGUGAAAAUGAGUUUGUCUAAUUGUGGUCUACUUGUCCAAUUAAGCCUGGACUCUUAUCACAGGCUAUAUGAAUUGAGAACUUAAGAGCCAAAGCACCCACUGCAUUGUCGACAUAUCCUAAAAGGAGAUACAGUUGACCACUUCAUGUGUUUUGGUAGUGUUAAUAAUUUUAUAAAUGGUGUUGUCCUAGAAGCUGCCCACUGUUUUAAGUUCACAAACUAUUCAAGCCACCAACAAGCGCCUAAUAUGUGAAAAUUGACAGACAUUUUUUUUUUUGUAUGUUUCCUUCAUUUACUAGGCCUGCUGCAGGUAGAAAAUAAAGACAAGCACAUAGCUUGUUGAAGCUGAAGCCUUACGGAGAACAGCUUCUCAUGCGCAAGCGCACUGGUACUUCAGUGUCCCUCAGUAGGCGGAGUUAAGAGGUCAGGUGACCGCGGUCGUCAGAGUGGCCGCCAUGUGGCUGAGACCCACAGUGUUAUUGGGACUGGUUGGGUGCAGAGGAGUUGUCAGAAGCAUGGUAAGUGUAACGCUCAAUACAAUGUAUUUCAAUAACUUUGAUAGCGCGAUGAGAGAAUAUAAUGAAAGUACGUCCGGCUGCCCUCACGCUAUAGGCUCGUUAAACUAGUUGUGCUAUUUUUAAAACGCGGUGUAACAAUUAAAUGGGUCCGACGUUGAUGCAGCCUUAAACGCUAGUUUGAACCGCAAUGAACAGCUCUGAGACGCUGAAUAAAGGUUCACAGACGGUAUUGAAGGAUGUGUUUGUUCAUCCAGGUUAGAUUUAGGUCCUGUGUCACGGACAGUGUACUCAAACAUCUCCGUUUUUGUUCUAUCAAAGUAUGACUGGUGUUGCUAGCUGUCAGCGGUCUAAGGAUUGUGCAUGAAGGGAUAAAGAUGGCGUAAGUGUUUGUAAUAAUCCAUGGUGACAAUCCUCAAGACAGGUGAUUUUAAUUAUCAUCAGAUUAAACAGAAGCUCCACGGUUUUUACACUCCCUUUAUUCUAUGAGUUUAAGCCAUCUGGUUAAAUAAAUCUAUUUCCCGAUUUAACAGUUGUUUGAAAACUCACAUGAAUAGUUUUAUUGUCUUUCUCAGAUUAGUAGAAUAAUGUUUGUCAGAUUAAGGUUCGUGAAGGAUUUCAGCCUGAACCUGUUCUUUUUUGUAAAAGAAGGGUGUGAACGUUUUGAUAAAACAUAUGUGCCAAAGAGCACUGAGUCAUAAUAAGGCCAAGGGUUAACUUCUGUAUUCUUCCAGUCACCAAAAACUGCUGGUCUCAUCUCUAUCAGCAUUGAAAUAAUUUUGCCCUUUGGUCUGCUUUGAUGGACUUGAACCGGACAGUUUUUAUCAGUAUUACUCAAUCACACAUAAUCACUUAUCAAUGUUCCUUUAUCUGUGUUCCUUUCCCCCCCUCUUUGCAGUGUGCUCAGGUGAGCGACUGGCAGAGUGCCAAGACCAUAUAUGAGUUUUCUGCCAACGAUAUUGAUGGCAAUGAGGUUUCCCUGGAAAAAUACAGGUAAUUAAUUUCUGAUGAAGGCUAAGAUAGUAUAACUGGCUGAAAGGGUGAACUAAAUAAAAAAGAAGUAGUAACUUUUUUCUCACUUUGAUCAUGUCUAUUCUGUUUUUCUCUCUUGCUAGGGGAUUUGUGUGUAUCAUUGUAAAUGUGGCCUCCAAAUGA